AUAUAAGAGGGCCAAAAUUGUCCUACUCAUGGUCAUUUGCUGCCAUCUUUUGGCCAUAUACUAUAAUGAUGCUACACUGUGCGCUUACAAGGUCAGAUUUGUUGCUACAAAUCAUUUGUGUACUAAAUUAUGUGGUGGUGUGAUAUAUGGAUGCUUCCAUACACAUGCUAACAUGCGGCGUGCCUGUCUUCAGGACUUCAAAGAGCAGGUGAUACAUCAUAUCGCCACUUUAACUCUCCUCGCAUUCUCCUGGAUCUCCAACUACAUCCGUGUUGGCACCAUUGUGAUGGCACUGCAUGACUCUGCUGACAUCCUGCUAGAGGGUGCAAAGGUGCUGAACUAUGCAAAGUGGCAUCAGACUGCUAAUGCUAUGUUUGUGGUCUUCACGUUCCUCUUCAUGCUGACCAGACUUGUACUUUUUCCUUUCUGGGUGAUUCACUGUACAUGGGUGUAUCCACUGGAGAGGUUUGCUCCUUUCUUUGGCUACUAUUUCUUCAACGCCAUGUUGAUAGUGCUCCUCAUGCUUCACUUCUAUUGGGCCGUCCUCAUAUCUAAGAUGCUCUACAAGUGUAUCUUCACCAAGGUGGGUUUACACGUGUAUGCUCUCAACACAUUUUCUACCUCACUUUGUGCUUUUUUUCCCCAGCUGGAAGGUGAUGACAGAAGCGAUGAAGAGGAGGAUGACAGUGACUCGCCUAAGGAGAAAAACUACAAACUGAGUCAUCUCAAUGGUGCAGGGGCCAGAGGCCGGGCCAACGGUCAUUGAUGACCUAAAUUCUAACUCUU